CUCUUCUUGAUUCUUAUAUAUAAUAGAACCAAAUCUUUGACCAAAUAAAAGAAGAACCAAACCAAAAAGACUUUGAGAGAUUUAUAAUCACUUUUUUUUUGCUGUUUUGUUCUGAAGCUAAAUUUGAGAUGGAAGUAGGCAAGAGAAGGGAGAUGUUACAGAGGAAGUCGUCGAUAGAUACAGAGCCCAUGACAUUGAAUCUCGAUCAAAUAGAGAAUGCUCGAGAGGAAGCAAUGUGUGUGAUCAGAACCAAGACGUUUGAGGAAGCUAUGGAUAUUUUCACAAAGGAGACGCGAGAGGGCUCAAGGGCUGAGGAAAGAGGAGAUAGAUGCUUAGACUCAAAAGAGGAUCAUGAUGAUGAAGACGAAAGUUUAGUUUUUCUUAGUCCUUGUGGUUGGGACAUUGCUUCAGCUCCUUUCUAAUUUGAAGCUCCUUUUUUUGUCCUCCUUUUCAGUUUGCCUUUACUCCUUCAAUACUUCUUGUCAUUUUUUUGAAUGCUUAAGGAUACUUUAGAUGUUGAAUAUACUGUAUACUUUACAAUCUUCGUCUGUUAUAUGGGGAAAAAAAAUCAUUUUAAUCACAAUCGUUGCUUUUGAAAUAUUUGUAAAACACGUUUCGU